AUGACUUGGUGGGAAGGCGUUCAUGAAUCUCGCGUUCUCGUUGCCCCCGAUCCUGGCACCGAUGGAAACGGUUCCGGACAAAUGAUAUCGCUUCGUCAUCCCAAAUCUGGAAAUGCAACACAAUAUCUCUUUGUAAAUGGAAUGCUUCAAGAAUUUCAAUGGUUUAAGAACUUGUAUGGCUCUUGGUUUUUGGGAGAUUAUACAAGUGAAGAUGGUCGACUGUAUUUAUCCACGCCUGUUGAUCCUGUUUUCAUCAUGCUUCCCAUAUUUGAGGAAGCUAGAAUGAAGAAAGGCGAUGAUCUUGGUAAGUUCAGGCAAUUGGAUGAGAUGUUGUUCAUUGAUGGGUAUCCAGGAUAUCAGCAGUUAAUGUCGCUUGUGGAGAACUGUAUGCAAGUAGUUUGUGAAGUCAAAGAAGUUGGAUCCUUAAAAUUCUUUAGACUCGAUGACACGAAGGUUCUACGUUGGCUUUGCUAUAAGGUUUCUCAGCUGAAACAGACACUACCGAAGUUGGACAAAAACUACGCUGUUCAAUCAGAGAAAGACACUUUGGUUGACGCAGUUUCAAUAUUAGGAGAGUAUUUAAAUGAAGAUCAUUGGUUGCAGCCUUUGUGUAACCAUCUUAAGUUAAAUAUACUUGAGGUGACAGGAAAAUUACAAGCAAAUGCUGAGGAAAGUAAACCUGGUUUGUAUAAUGAUGUAUUCCAGCAGGAGGAACAGAGUGAUGAUAAGAAGGCUACAAUUGUGAAGAAGGGUAGACAAGCAAAGAAAAUAAAACUUGAGACAGAAUCACAUAACAUCAGAGAUAUGUUUUCUAGGGCCUCCAGAAAGAAAAACUAA